UUAAUAUAUUUGUUGACAAAUAAAAAAUUUAGAAUAAGUUCUUUAUCUAUUGGAUUACAAGGAAUGAAAUCACAAGAUAUAUCUUUGGCUGAACAAACAAUAAGAAAAGUUCUUGAAGAUAUUCAUCGGAAUGGAUUUGAUUCAAAACGAAUUGAAGCAGCUCUUCAUCAAACAGAAUUAGGAAAAAAACAUAAAACCUCUAAUUUUGGGUUAAACUUAAUGCACAGUAUAAGUUCAGGAUGGUUUAAUAGCUGCAAUCCUGCUGACAUUUUAGAGAUUAAUAAGAAUAUAGAAAUUAUAAAAGAAAGGAUAAAAAGUGAACCAUUCUUUCAAAACCUGGUGGAAAAAUAUUUCUUGUCAAAUCUUCACACUCUUACCUGUAUAAUGGAACCUGAUACACGCUAUACUGACGAAUUAAAUCGAGAAGAAGAGGAUAGAUUAUCUUCAAAAACCUCUGUUCUCAGUGAAUCAGAAAAGAACAAAAUUUAUGAACAGUCUAUUGAACUAAUUAAAAACCAAGAAGCCGAAGAGGAUUUAUCGGUUUUACCAAGUUUACGUGUUUCAGAUAUAUCACGAGAAAUGAAACGGAUUCCGUUAGAACAUCAUGUUUUGGAAGAUUGUCCGGUACAAUGGCGAACUACUGCAACUAAUGGAAUUACGUACUUUAGGAUGAUAAGUAAAAUCGAUGGAUUGCCGAAUGAGUUAAAAAUUUAUUUACCUUUAUUUGCUCAGGCGUUGACAUCUUUAGGAACAAAGGCAAAAUCUAUGGCUGAAAUAGAUGAUGACAUUCGUCUUUACACUGGCGGUAUUAACGCAUCACCUUUUGUAUCUACCAAUCAUUCUG